GGUGCUCUGGUACCUGCGCCUGGGCAGCUGGAGGGCAAGCUCACUGUGUGCACCUACAACGGCAACACGUGGAACACGGCCUCCAGUGUCCACGAGUGGAUGAGUAAGAAGGGGAUGGCACCGCACGCGAUGUUCGUCCAGGAGACGCGUUUCACAUCUAACAUGGCGGCUGAGCAGGCCCAUGUCUGGGCCAGCCGAGGAGGCCACCGUCUUGCAGCCUCAGGGGUCCUCAGGACUGGAGAUGCCGCCACGGCAGUAUCGUCGGGAGUGGCCAUUGUAUCCUCGACGCUGCUGGGCACCGCGAGAUACCUCCAACCCUGGGAUGGAGCCCCACAUCGUUUCAUCGCUCGUCGAGUCUCUGUUGGCGAGGGCACUACGAUUGCCACGACCUCAGUGUACCUCGAGGACUCGAUCGGGCUCCAGGGGCCCAACAGGCAUCUACUGGAAGACGUUCACUCGUGGUGCGCGCACCUGGGCGAGCCUUUCAUCAUUGGCGGUGACCUGAACAUUGAGGCCAGGGAGUUGUCAACCCCAGGCUGGCCUGAGCUCAUGGGAGGAGUUGUUCUGGCCUCAGGGCUGGCCACAUGCAACGAUAAUGAGUACGACUACUUCGUUAUCUCGCGCGCGCUGGAGGACCUUGUGGACUCCAUCAAGUGCCACGUGGACACCCCCAGCGGCCCGCACCAGGUCGCGACGCUGGCGUUGCGCGGCUGCUGGAAGCGGCCCAUGACCCAGACGCAGCGCGCGCCGAAGGGCUUUGGGCUGGAGUUCGAGGCCGACGAGGAGGCCAGGACCAGGCGCGACCUGCUAGUUGCCACACUCCCCUGGCCCCCGCCUUGCUCAGGCCUUGAAGGAGUAGUCAAGGGCUGGUUUGAUCAAGCUGAGGAGGCACUGCACGCGCUGCAUGGCAUGCCCAGUAGCGAGGCUAAGCACUACAAGGGCAGCUGCUACAGGGCCAGGCGUGCACAGCAGCUCUUCGAGUCAGCCAGCCGCUUGAAGGUCAAGUUCCAGGAGCAGUCCAUCACGAUGUUCGAUGGCACGGUGUUCUUGAGUUUCUGGGACGAGAUUGAGCUCCAGACGGAGUUGGGCGACAAAUUCUCACUCGUGAUGGAACAGGUCGUGGCCAAGCACACCAAGGAGGAUGCAAAGGCCAGCAAACCCAAAUGGGACGACUUCUCGGAGCAGGCUUUCGAACGUCAAGGUUCGUUGGCCCACAAGGUUAUCAAGAAGACCCACGGAGAGCCCAGCCCCGCCCUUGAGGCAGGCUCGGUUGACCAUGCGCUGGUGGGCCAGCCUGCGCUUGAGCGGGUGCUAGCCGAGUGGCUCCCCCUCUGGUCUGACCCCAGUCGCAGCGGCCAGGAGCACCCAGGCCAUUGGGAC